AUGGUAGAUCUCAAGUUAGUCCUAAACCGAAACUCAGACAAAUUCUGUUUGAUGGAUACAACCAAUUCUAUAAAUCCUAAAAUAAAGCUCGUGGAUGUGACUCUUAAAGUACGCAAAGUUAAAGUCAAUGAAACCGUUAGUAGAGCACAUGAACUAGCAUUGAAAUCAGUACCGGCCACUUAUCCUAUACGUCGCGUGGAAUGUAAAGCAUUCACCAUCCCUGGAAACCUCCCACAAAUAAGAAAAGAUAAUAUGUUUGCUGGAAUCAUUCCUAAAACAUUCGUGUGUGGUUUUGUGAAUGCUGAUGCUUUUAGUGGUGUCCAUGAUAAAAACCCCUAUAACUUUAAACACUUCAAUGUAUCAUCGGUGACACUAACAGCAAAUGGUGAAGAAAUACCAUUUAAACAACUGGUUCUUAAUUAUAAAGAAAACAAAGAGAAUUUCAUCCAAGCAUAUAAUACAUUAUUCUCAGGUACAGGGAAAAUGAAUUAUAACGCAGGUCUCGAUAUCUCAAGAGAAGAUUAUUACAAAGGAUAUACCCUCUACGCAUGGGAUCUCACUCCAGAUAUGUGUGGUGCCUCGCCCUAUUUUAACACAGUACAACGAGGUUCAUUGACACUUGACAUUACGUUUGCUGCAGGGGAUGUUCCACCUAACCCUAUUUCCUUGGUAUGUUAUGGAGACUUUGAAAAUGUCGUGCAGAUAGAUUCGGAAAGAAACGUAAUCUAUGAUAUUUCUACAUGA